AUGGAAGACAGCUUGCCUAGUCUCGCUUCAGUAUGUGAUACUUCUACACUUAUGAACUUCUGCACUGAUGAUAGUAUCUCUGCUACAAGUACUUCUGAUGUCCAGGAUCGACUCUGUGCUCUUGAGUUGCGAGUUCAGCAACAAGAAGAUGAAAUCACAGUUCUAAAGGCAGCUUUGGCUGAUGUGUUAAGGCGUCUUACAAUCUCUGAAGAUAAUGUGUCUGUGAAAAAAACAGCCUCAAGUAAAGGUCAGUCAAACAUUCGGGGAACCAUUUCUCAGUCUGUAAGCAAUGGCAGUGGUAAAGGCAAAAAAACAAACCAGGGCAGCUCGAUAUCAAUAGCAAGAAAAGAAACUUUUUCAUCUGCUGCUAAAAGCAGUACAGAAAAAAAGAAAGAAAAAUCACAAGGACAGAAAGAAAAAAGAGAGGAUUCUCAUUCUAACGAUCAGAGUCCACACACUCGAGCAUCACCUUCUCCCCAGCCUCUCCAAACACACAGACAAACUCAAGAAAGCAAGAGCUCUUCUCACACCAAAAGCUUAAAACGAACACUUACAGCUGAAAAAUCACUUAGCUCAUGGGAGAAUUCAGAUGAUAAUCGUAACAAGAUAUUGCGGGCAGUUUCAUCAUCAAAAUUAAUAUCAAAAGUUGUUAAAAAUGCAGACAAGCACAAAGAUAUUAUCAUCAGUCAAGCAAAAAUAUCAACUCGUGAAAAAAACAGUCAAGAAGGAGAAUAUAUCAAAAUGUUCAUGAGAGGUCGGCCAAUCACAAUGUUUAUUCCUUCUGAUGUCAGCAGCUAUGAUGACAUACGAACAGAACUGCCUCCGGAGAAGCUUAAACUGGAGUGGGCAUAUGGCUAUCGGGGAAAAGACUGUCGAGCAAAUGUUUACCUUCUUCCUACUGGGGAAAUAGUAUAUUUCAUAGCUUCAGUAGUAGUUUUGUUUAAUUAUGAGGAAAGGACCCAGAGACAUUACCUGAGUCACACAGACUGUGUGAAAUGCCUUGCUCUACAUCCUGACAAAAUUAGGAUUGCAACUGGUCAGAUAGCUGGAGUAGAUAAAGAUGGAAGGCCCCUACAACCCCAUGUCAGAGUUUGGGAUUCAGUCAGUCUGGCUACACUGCAAGUUAUUGGGCUUGGAACUUUUGAACGUGGAGUGAGUUGUCUGGAUUUUUCAAAAGCAGAUUCAGGUGUUCAUUUAUGUGUAGUCGAUGAUUCCAAUGACCACAUGCUGACCGUGUGGGACUGGCAGAAAAAAUCAAAAGGAGCAGAAAUAAAGACUACAAAUGAAGUUGUUUUGGCUGUAGAAUUCCAUCCAACAGAUGCAAAUACAAUAAUAACAUGUGGCAAAUCUCAUAUCUUUUUUUGGACCUGGAGUGGGAAUUCACUGACAAGGAAACAAGGAAUUUUUGGAAAAUAUGAAAAACCCAAAUUUGUUCAGUGCUUAGCUUUCUUGGGGAAUGGAGAUGUUCUUACAGGAGACUCAGGUGGAAUCAUUCUUAUAUGGAACAAAACUACUAUAGAACCUACACCUGGGAAAGGACCUAAAGGUGUGUAUCAGAUAAACAGGCAAAUCAAAGCUCAUGAUGGCAGUGUUUUCACACUCUGUCAGAUGAAGAAUGGGAUGCUACUAACUGGAGGAGGGAAAGACAGAAAAAUAAUUUCGUGGGAUCAUGAUCUAAAUCCUGAAAGAGAAAUAGAGGUUCCUGAACAAUAUGGAACAAUCCGAGCAGUUGCAGAAGGAAAGGAAGAUCAAUUUUUAGUUGGCACAUCCAAAAAUUUUAUUCUACGGGGGACAUUUAAUGAUGGUUUCCAAAUAGAAGUACAGGGUCAUACAGAGGAACUUUGGGGUCUUGCUACACAUCCCUUCAAAGACUUACUGUUGACCUGUGCCCAGGACAGGCAAGUGUGCAUGUGGAACUCAGUGGACCACAGAUUGGAGUGGACCAGACUUUUAGAUGAACCAGGACACUGUGCAGACUUCCAUCCAAGUGGCACAGUGGUGGCCAUAGGAACGCAUUCAGGCAGGUGGUUUGUCUUGGAUGCAGAAACCAGAGAUCUAGUUUCAAUCCAUACAGAUGGUAAUGAGCAGCUCUCAGUAAUGCGCUACUCAAAAGAUGGCACCUUCCUUGCUGUAGGAUCUCAUGACAACUUUAUUUACCUCUAUGUAGUCUCAGAAAGUGGAAGAAAAUAUAGCAGAUACGGAAAAUGCACUGGACAUUCCAGCUACAUUACACACCUCGACUGGUCCCCAGACAAUAAAUAUAUAAUGUCCAACUCAGGAGACUAUGAGAUACUAUACUGGGACAUUCCAAAUGGCUGCAAACUAAUCCGGAAUCGUUCUGACUGUAAAGACAUUGACUGGACAACUUACACUUGUGUAUUAGGCUUUCAAGUCUUUGGAGUCUGGCCAGAAGGAUCAGAUGGAACAGACAUCAAUGCUCUAGUGAGAUCACAUAACCGAAAAGUGAUAGCAGUUGCUGAUGACUUUUGCAAGGUCCAUCUUUUUCAGUAUCCUUGUUCCAAGCCAAAGGCACCAAGUCACAAGUACAAUGGUCACAGCAGCCAUGUCACUAAUGUCAGCUUUACUUAUAAUGAUAGCCACUUAAUUUCAACUGGUGGAAAAGACAUGAGCAUCAUUCAAUGGAGAGUUGUGGAGAAGUUAUCUUUGCCUCAGAAUGAGACGCUAGUAGAUACUGCUAUAACCAAAGCGCCCAUUUCUACCAAUGAAAAUAUGCUACAACCAAAUACUCCCACACCCCCUCCCUCCUCCCAGCCCUUCAGUGAUGCUGCUGAAAAUGAAAGUAGAAUGAGUGAUUCUUCAACAGCCCUCGAGAAUGACCUGGAGCAGGCUGAAGAGCAGAGUGAGGACCAGAGUGAAGGAAGCAGCGAUUACCUGGGUGAGCCCAGCUAUGAAGAGCCUUCCCAUGAGACCAUGGAAGAACAGAGUGAGUCACCUAUUCCUGAGGACCAGCAGGAUUCACCAAUUUCUUAA